UUCUCAUUCAAACACACCAAUUGCUCACCCUUUUAGUUUCUUCUUUCUUCCCGAAUAAUAAUUGUGAAGCUUUACGACUAAUUUGAGCUGUCGAAUUAGAAUCCGUUUGUUUUUCCGAUCUCUGAAAUUGUGAUUUUCUGUAGGGAGAAUUAAGAUGUGUCGUCAUGAUUCGUCAGCAGGCGAUGCCGUUUCAAUCGAAGAGAAUCUGUUGAUUUAUUGCAAGCCCGUUGAGCUCUACAACAUUCUUCGCCCUCGUUCUUUGCACAAUCCUUUGUUUCUGCGUAGAUGUUUGCGGUACAAAAUCCAGGCAAAGCAUAAACGGAGGUUCAAUGCUGGGACUGUUAUAUUCAACUAUAGGGACUACAGCAACAUUUUACAAAAAACUGAAGUCACUGAAGACUUCACAUGUCCCUUUUGCUUGAUGCAAUGUGCAAGCUUUAAGGGUCUGCGGUAUCACUUGUGCUCUUCACAUGAUUUAUUCAACUUUGAGUUUUGGGUAACUGGAGAGUAUCAGGCGGUGAACGUUUCUGUUAAAACUGAUGCAUUGAGAUCUGAAAGUGUAGCAGAAGGUGCAGGACCACAACUUCAAACAUUCUUCUUCUGUUCAAGGCCAAAGAAACGCAGGUCACUGAACUAUGAUCAAAAUACAAAGCAUGUUACUGUACAAUUCUUGGAGUUUGACUCAUGUAUACUAACCAGCGAAGGUGCACAGAAAGGACUUUCAGUGAAUGGCAAUGUUCUAUCCUAUAAUGGUGAGAAGGCUCCUGGUCUGCUUCCCAGUGGGUUAGAUAUGCAAAAUGGAAGACAAGGACAAGAAAUCUAUGGUCCUUAUAAUUCUAGAUUGAGGGAAUCCAUAGAAAAUGGUACAUCAAGUUCCAGUGCUCCUGGUGUUCCAAUUGCCGGUACUCAAUCAUCUCUAGAACCUAAUUGGGUUAAAUUGCAAUCUGGAAGUGACUGUGCCCCUGCGAAACUGCGGAAGUUAAAUGGAGAGCGGUCAGACCCAAAAAACAGCCGUAUGCUCCUGCAGAAGCGACAAUUCUAUCAUUCUCACAGAGUCCAGCCAAUGGAGUUAGAACAAGUAUUAUCGGAUAUGGAUAGCGAAGAUGAAGUUGAUGAUGACAUUGCAGAUCUUGAAGAUCGGAGGAUGCUUGACGAUUUUGUAGAUGUUACCAAAGAUGAAAAGCAGCUGAUGCACCUUUGGAACUCUUUCGGGCGGAGGCAAAGUGUGCUGGCAGAUGCUCAUGUUCCCUGGGCAUGUGAGGCAUUUUCAAGACUUCAUGGACAGGAGCUAAUCUCCUCUCCGGCUCUUUUCUGGUGUUGGAGGUUAUUCAUGAUCAAACUUUGGAAUCACGGUCUUCUUGAUGCCUGCACAAUGAAUAGUUGCAAUGCCAUUCUCAAUGAUUGCAAGAAGUAGGGAUCAGAUGGUAUAGGAGAUACUUCAGUUAUUCGGCUCUAAAUACUAGGCUAGUGGUAAGAUGGGGAAUUCUAGUGUGUUCUCCGCAUAUUGUGUUCUUCAUUUUUAUUAACACCUUCCAAUAUUUAUUGGACUAGAGAUAGAAGCAACUUAUUUUAUACAUGAGAUUGGGGUGGUUGGUUUUCUAGCAUUGUAAUUUAUUUUGGACGAGCCUCCCAUUCUUCUUUACAGAGAUAUAAUAGAAUCGAGCGUAGGCCGUAGUGAGUGAUUCUAAUUUACCUGCAAGAGGUUACUGCUA